UUUUUCCCAGACUCAUACAGUCUUGGUCUUAGUCUUAGGCCCCUCCCCCCAAAGCUUUCAUUCUCUCUCCUUUUUCUAGGCCGGAUUCCUGACUCCUCACGCAAGCACGCAACUCACAACCCAAGCAACCUACUAGCCGCCCACCGUCGUCGGACCACCGGAAUAUCGCACACUGUCAAUCGGACCAUAGCUCGCUGGUUGUUGCUACGCUGUUGUUUUUCUUCCCCGUACUUUUUUGGUUUGUGUGCUGUUUCAGUCACUGCGUACUAUUGACAGUUGCAUUUUCAUGCCUGGUCCAAGUAUACCUACGUGCCAUUGUAGACUUUUAACAAGUUCUGUUUUCGACUUUUCGUCUAUUAUAUCUGCCUUGUUGUCCCAGAAACUUAAAUAGGGUAGUUACUCUUACUGCUUGUAUAAAUGCUUCAUUUGGGACUUGAAGAUGAAGGAGAAGGGCUCAACACCUAGUAGUAUGAUCAGUCGAAAUUGGGUGUUGAAACGCAAGCGUAAGAAACUUCCAUAUGGGCCAGAAACACUUGUUAAGAAGGAUGAGGAGGAUUUGGCAGCUGAAUCUGCUGGAGUUUCUUGCUCAACAAAAGACUCACAUAAUACUGAAAGAAGAUCUAAGCGUUUGAUAUCAAAGAAGAAAGGAAAUGAUGGGUAUUAUUAUGAAUGCGAGAUCUGUGACCUUGGAGGGAACUUGCUGUGCUGUGAUAGUUGCCCAAGAACUUACCAUCUUGAAUGCCUUGAACCACCUCUUAAGCGCAUUCCAAAUGGGAAGUGGGAAUGCUCUACCUGCUUGCAGAAAAAUGAUUCAUCAGAUUGUAUCAACCACCAAGAUUUGAUGCCAAAAAAAGCCAGGACAAUGACUUUAUCUGAGAAGGUGAAAGCUGGAAUCAAGGCUUCUAGUACCCUAAAAAUGUCUCAGUUUCUUGGCAGGUCCGUAGGGAAAAAAAGAUCAUCCAGCAAACGAAAAGUGGGUUGUGUUGAUAAAAACCAGUGCAUGAAAAAGUUAGAGCCUCUAACAGAUGAUGAAUCAUGUGGUAGCAAGAUGAGAUUAAUGUCUCCUGAUGGUUCUCUGGGCCUUUCAUCACAAUGUGGAAGUGCAGAUCAUGAAAAGAAGAUUCAUAGCUCUAUUACGCAGGAUGUUGAAAAGAUUCCUGAUUCAUCAGAAGCAGAAAAGAAGUCAAAUGGUCUGGUCGAACAUAAAUUGCGCCUCCCUGUGGUUACAUGUCCUGAGCCUAAGAGUGAACCUGCCAAAAAAAGACAUGGUGGAUCUAAUAAAAUUCAGUGCACUGCUAAGAAAGCAGCACCAGGAUCAGAAACAGUCUCUGAGUCUUCCAAAAGAAAAGAUAAACCUAAUAAAGAUGGAAAGAAGAAAAAAUGCAAGAUGUCAACUGGUGAGUCUUCAGAAAACAAAGGUCAGAAGCGUAAAUCAAAUGCUCAUAUUCCUUCUCCAAAGCUCAGUGAACCACAGAAAAAGCGUCGCUCUGUUCAUAACACAGCGUCUGCGCCACAGAAGAAUGCUGCGUCCGAAAAGAUAGAAAAUCAGCAAGAGGAGGCACUUCCUAGCGUAGCUGUGGGGUUGUCAACGCAAGACGAUGCUGGGCCUGAGAAAAUAUUAUUACCCGAUGAGAACUCUUUUGAAGAGACAUUACUAGUUGAUCGGAUCUUGGGAUGUAGAGUGCAGGAAGAUACAUCCGUCUCCCUUUGUCAGAACUCUGAGUUAAUGCCAAGCGGUACGUUGUCAGGUGAACCACAGAUUUCAAAAAUUUUAACGAGCCAGCCAGAGUGUGAAGAUGGUUCGGAGCUGUUAGAAGAUGACCUUAAAGAUCCUUCUGCAGCACAUAGACAAUUAUUUGGGGGUUUUCGUAUGGAUGAAGGUGUUGAAAAUACAGUACAGGAAUUCACAACUGUGACCACCGAAUACAAUCAAGGAGAUAGUGUGGCUGAAGUAGGUAAUGGGUUAAGUUCUGUAACUGGAAAAGAUAAGUGUAAACCUUAUAUUUCACAUGAAAACACGUCUGCACCUCCAUUGCUGGAAGAUGAUAUUGAGCCAAGAAAUUCAGUUGCAAAGGAUGGUAGUUGUCAUACGAAGGUUGUGGAGUCUACUUUGACCGAAACUUUAUUGUUAGAUAGGGAACAUAUCUCUUAUGAAUUCUUAGUUAAAUGGGUUGGGAGAUCUCAUAUCCACAAUAGUUGGAUAUCUGAGUCUAGGCUGAAAGUUUUAGCUAAAAGAAAGCUAGAUAACUACAAGACAAAGUACGGAACUACUCCAAUUAAUAUCUGCGAGGAGAGAUGGAAACAGCCCCAACGAGUGAUUGCACUCCGGUCAUCAAAAGGUGGUAGAACUGAAGCUUAUAUCAAAUGGUCUGGCCUCCCAUAUGAUGAAUGCACCUGGGAAUGGACAGAUGAACCUGCAAUCAGAGACUUUGCACAUUUGAUUGAUCAAUUUAAUCAGUUCGAACACCAGACACUGAUGAAGGAUGUUGAAAGAGAUGCUUUGUCUAGGAGAGAUGCUUUUCAACAAAAUGAGGUUCAGCCUCUUGCUGAACAGCCUGGGAUUCUCAAAGGUGGUUCACUCUUUCCGCAUCAAUUAGAAGCUCUGAAUUGGUUACGAAAGUGUUGGCACAGAUCUAAGAAUGUUAUUCUUGCUGAUGAGAUGGGCCUUGGGAAAACUGUAUCCGCUUGUGCAUUCAUAGCGUCUUUAUACUUUGAGUUUAAAGUAAAGCUUCCUUGUCUUGUUUUGGUGCCUCUUUCCACAAUGCCAAACUGGAUGUCGGAGUUUGCUUUAUGGGCUCCAGAUUUGAAUGUAGUGGAAUACCAUGGAAAUGUUAAAGGAAGAACUUUGAUUCGUCAAUACGAGUGGCAUGCUAGUCUUCCAAAUGACUUGAAUAAGAAAAGUUUGGCUUACAAAUUUAACGUUCUUCUAACUACUUAUGAGAUGGUUCUUGUUGAUUCCUCUCAUUUACGAGGAAUUCCUUGGGAAGUUCUUAUUGUUGAUGAAGGGCACCGGCUUAAGAAUUCUAGCAGUAAGCUUUUUAGCUUGCUGAAUACCUUUUCUUUUCAGCAGCGUGUCCUAUUGACUGGCACCCCUCUUCAAAACAAUCUUGGAGAACUGUACAACUUACUUAACUUUUUGCAGCCUGUUUCAUUCCCUUCUCUAUCUUCCUUUGAGGAAAAGUUUGAGGACCUCUCAGAUGCUGACAGGGUAGAGGAACUAAAGAAACUUGUUUCUCCUCACAUGCUUAGAAGGCUAAAGAAAGAUGCAAUGAAGAACAUUCCACCAAAGACUGAAAGAAUGGUCCCUGUUGAGCUAUCUUCUAUUCAGGCUGAGUAUUACCGCGCAAUGUUGACAAAGAACUAUCAGGUUUUAAGGAACAUUGGGAAAGGGGUUCCCCAACAAUCAAUGCUUAACAUUGUGAUGCAACUGCGAAAAGUUUGCAACCAUCCAUAUCUUAUCCCUGGCACAGAGCCUGAUUCUGGAUCAGUAGAGUUCCUUCACGAAAUGCGGAUAAAGGCUUCGGCGAAGCUAAUUGUCUUGCACUCAAUGCUGAAAUUGCUGCAUAAGGAGGGCCAUAGGGUUCUGAUAUUUUCACAAAUGACGAGGCUUCUAGAUAUUCUAGAAGACUAUCUAAAUUUUGAAUUUGGGUCCAAAUCAUUUGAGAGAGUUGAUGGCUCUGUAUCGGUAGCCGAUCGUCAAGCAGCAAUUGCACGCUUCAAUCAAGAUAAGAGUAGAUUUGUAUUCUUGUUGUCAACUCGGUCAUGUGGCCUUGGAAUCAAUCUGGCAACAGCUGACACUGUAAUAAUUUAUGAUUCAGAUUUUAACCCACAUGCAGACAUUCAAGCAAUGAAUCGUGCUCAUCGAAUCGGACAAUCAAACAGACUUCUUGUUUAUAGGCUUGUAGUUCGUGCUAGUGUUGAAGAACGUAUCUUGCAGCUAGCAAAGAAAAAGUUAAUGCUGGAUCAGCUUUUUGUCAAUAAGUCUGGAUCUCAGAAAGAGGUAGAGGAUAUAUUACGUUGGGGAACAGAAGAACUUUUUAGUGAUUCUUCAGGAAAGGGAAUUGUUGAUAGUGAUUCGAGAAAGGAUGAAGCAGUUCCAGAUACAGAGCAAAGGAGUAAGAGGAGAACUGGAGGUCUUGGAGAUGUGUACCAAGAUAAAUGUACAGAAGGAAGCAGUAAAAUUGUUUGGGAUGACAAUGCCAUCUUGAAACUGCUUGACCGUUCGAACCUUCAAUCGGAAUCAUCAGAUAAUAAUGAAGCGGAUGCUGAAAAUGAUAUGCUUGGUUCAGUAAAGUCUGUGGAAUGGGCUGAUGAGCAUUUGGAUGAGGAAGGAAAAAUUGAAUCACCCUUGGUUGUCAUUGAGGAUGCUUUUGCUCCUAGUUCCGAGAAAAAGGAAGAGGUCAAUGGUACAGAAGAAAAUGAAUGGGAUAGACUUCUGCGUAUGAGAUGGGAAAGAUAUCAGAAUGAAGAGGAAGCUUCUCUUGGUAGAGGGAAACGUCUCAGAAAAGCAGUUUCUUAUAGGGAAGCAUUUGCACUUCCUCCUACUGAAACUCUAAGUGAGAGUGGUGCUGAAGAAGACCGGCCAGAACCAGAGCCUGAAAGAGAGUACACUCCUGCUGGACGUGCUUUGAAGGAAAAGUAUACAAGACUUCGUACUCGGCAAAAGGAACGAAUUGCUCUGAGAAAAUCACUUGAAGAAUCUUAUCUUGCUUAUGGCCCACAUGGGCUUCAUUCGCUUUCUGAGUGCCCUCCAAAUUAUAUGAAAGAGAAGGAAGGAGCUGCCAGAUCAGUUAAACCUUUUGGAAAUGAAUCUGCAGCAAAUGAUUCGGAAGAUAAAAACUGGAGUGGAUUAAAGGUUAACAGUAGGGCCACUGUUCAGAAGGAUGGAAAACCGAUAAAAUAUAAAUACUGCAAUAAUCAGAACCCUUCCUCCAAAAUUCUGGGCAAUUCUUCUGUGAAUGGUGUUCCUGAUCAGAGUAUGGGUGCAAAUUUUGCAAUUUCCAGUGCUUCAGACUACCCCUUGCCUGUUCUGGGACUUUGUGCACCAAAUGCAUGUCAACCUGAAUUAUCUCAUCGGAUCACUUCUAGAGCAAUAGAAAAUAGACAAGGAAAGCAGUUAGACUUGCCUUCAAGCAUAUCUGCAUGCCCUAGGUCUUUCACAAAGGAAGUAAUGGGAGUAGAGACAACUAUGGGAAAAACGAAACUUCCUGAAGCAUCGUCAGAGUGUGCACCUCAGCAUCUGAAGAGCUGCCUUCCAGAUAAUUCACUCCCAUUACCUCUGUACCCCCUGCCGUUUUUACAGCGGAAAUUUCCAGAUGGUGUAGAGAGCUCAAGUGCCAGUUCAGCUGAUUUUCUGGAGAGAAUGGGAUUACCCAAAUUGCCUUUUGAUGAGAAAUUCUUAUCAGCAUUUCCGCUUCCACCUAAAACCUUGCCGGCCUCAGCACCUGACUUCUUAGGCAACUUAUCACUUGGCAGAAGAGAUGAUAGUGCAUCUCUGCAUGCACCUUCCUCAAUGCCAUUCUUGCCAAACUUGAGGUUCCCUUUGCAGGAUUUGACAAUUAGUAAUCAGGAAGAGUUAGAUGUACUGCCCACAUUAAGUCUAGGACACAAGCCAAACAUUCACCCUUCGAUUCCUGUAAAUCACAGGAAGGUUCUUGAGAAUAUAGCUAUGAGGACUGCUGCAGGAACAAGCAACUUACUUAAAAGAAAGGCAAAAACUGAUGGAUGGUUGGAGGAUGAACUUGAUUCCCUUUGGAUUGGUGUUCGCAGAUAUGGACGUGGCAAUUGGGAGGCCAUGCUUAGGGAUCCAAGACUCAAAUUCUCAAAGUACAAAACUCCUAAUGACUUGGCUACGAGAUGGGAGGCAGAGGAGAAAAAGAUAUUGGAUGCUUCUCCAGGCUUGAGAUCAAUUAAGAAUGCAAAAUCACCCAGCUCUGCGUUGUUCCCAAGCUUUUCUGAUGAAAUGAUGGCGCGGGCUUUGCAUAGGAGUAGAUUAGCCGUCCCCUUUAAAUUUCAAAGCCACUUUACGGAUAUGAAAUUGGGAUUCAGUGAUCUAGUUGCGAAUUUUCGGCCUUUUGGACCUUCCAAUUGUACAAGUUUCCCCGAUGAAAACCAUGCGUCUUUUCACACUUUAGGUGCUGGAACUUUUCCUGCCAGGUUCCAUGGAGAAUCAUCUAACAUUCCCUCAGAUAUAAAUGGUACUUCACUAAAUGUGCAUGUGGAGCCACAAGGGCCUGAAAGUGCUGGUUUUGUUCGAAGUUCCUCAAAUGGGUAUGCUAUUGCAUCCAAGGAUGAGUUAGAUGCAAAUACACAUCAUAAUCAUCCUUCUCGGCUAGAUAGCUCAUUAAAAAUUCUCAACAGUCCCCGCAAUGAGGUAUGCAGUAGCGAGCGUCCAACUUCAUCUUUGCACCACAAUUCAAACAUUGGGUCAAAUUGUUAUAGGUUUAAAGGUAAAGAAGUAGCCAUAGAGAGUUGCUCUUCAAAGGACAGGCUACCACAUUGGCUUCGGGAAGCUGUGGAAGCUCCUUCCAAAACUUCAGAUUGUAAACUUCCAUCUACAGUGUCUGCCAUAGCAGAGUCUGUUCGUUUGCUUUAUCCUGAAGAAAAGCCUUCUAUUCCACCAUUUGUUACUCCUGGGCCACCUCCUUCUCAGCCGAAAGAUCCUCGAAAGUGGUUAAAGAAAAAGAAAAAACGAAAACAGCAUCUGCUUGAUUCAAUUGCAACUGAGAUUGCUGGAAGCAGCCAAGAAUUCCAAUGCAGCUCCUCUAGAGAAUGUGCCUCAAAAUCAGUUUCUGUUACCUCAUCUUUGCCAAUGCUUCCUUUGCUUCCUCCAAAUGCAGAGCUUAUGAAUCCUUUGCCAUCUUUAUCCUUGGACCCCUUAGGAAAAACAAGUUCUGAGUUGGUCCCCUCUCUUGAAGUGCUGCAGCUAGUAGGCUCUUGUAGAGCUCCGAGCCCUUCUUCCUCUUUGAAACCGGUUGAAAAUGCAAGUUCUGGACUAGUACCCUUUCCUGAAGUACUGCAGCGAAUAACCUCUUGUGGAGUGCCAGACCUAUCCUCAUCUUUACCUUUGGAACCCAUUGGGAAAUCAAGUACUGUAAUGGCCCCCUCUCCUGAAGUACUGCAGUUAGUAGCAUCUUGUGGAGUUGCUAAGCAAUCGUCAUCCUUAUCUUUAGAACCAAUUGAAAGAACGAGUUAUGGUUUGGUGCCAUCUCCUGAAGUAGUGCAACUAAUGGCAUCUUGUGUAGCUCCGAACCCAUCACCAUCACCAUCACCAUCUUUACUUUUGCACUCCAUUGGAAAAACUAGUGUAUUGGGCCUCUCUCCUGAAGUAGUGCAGCUAGUAGCAUCUAGUGGAGCUGCAGGACAAUGUGUACCUCAUAACAUGUACUCAACCUCUCUGACUUCCGUUGAUGACAAACAAUCCCAGAAAGAGCAAGAUGGAACAGAAGAUGCAAAGGUAAAUCCCUUACCUGGAAUAGAAGUGAACUGCUCUGAUAUCAAGGAUUCUAGCAAAACCCAUUCUGACCCUCCCCGCGUGAGUCAGCUGGAAGGAGAGGAAGUGUCAUCAGAGAAAACUCUGUCGAAUCAGACGUGACAUAGAUAAACAACUAUGGGGUCGUUGUAAAUGCAUAACAGCAAUUCUGUUGGGAAUUCAGGUACGAUGUGCGUAGAUUGUGUAAACUGGUUUAGAUUUUGAUUAGGCGUCCUUAUAACCACAGGCAUCUUUAUAACGAAGGGCCAAUUGGCCCUCUUGUUAUGUUCAAGUCUUAGGUAUGUAGUUUAUGAUUCGAUCAGUUUUGUAGGUACCUUUGAGGUUGCGAGUGUUAACUUGUAGCUUUAGUACAACAAGUCUAGGAAAUAUCUUGUAAAGGUUGUGUAUGUGAAAAAGUAUAUAUGUACCCCCAUUGUUAUGGCA